GGCAGAAAGAGCGGUGAUCUACACUGAAACAUCAAGGCGACAAACAGCAGCGAGUCCUCGAGGUAAUGUGGAAUAAAAAACUGCGCAAUUUUGCAAACGUGCUCCGCGUUCUGACCCCCGCUGCUGACAGGAAACCAAACCAUCAUGUCUGGUACGACUCAGCGGACCUGCAUGCGGGACGCGGCUUUCCUCAACUGUGGCAUGGCCACAGAUUUAUUCCUUUCACAACUGAGAUCUACUUCUUUUCAGAGAACACAUUUGCAGUUCCUUACUACCCGGUGCACGAGGAUGAUGAUGGGGACGAUGAGGAUAAUAAUGAUGAUGGUGAUGUCGGGCCUUUUUUUUUUUUUUGGAAAAGACUAGUCGCCGUGUCACUGAUGUUUGUGUAUGGACACGUUCACAUCACCGAUCACAGCUGCUUCGUGAUAGAAGUGCGCGCGCGCGCGUGUGUGUGUGUGUGUAGAGUUACGGUGAAUAGCAGAAGCAGCAGUAGUGCAAGAUCAAGCGCAGGUUAUUUGCAUGGGGAAUUGUGACUUUGAAGGCGCUGGAGGAUUUGUGCUGCGUGUCAGCGCGACGUUCACUCGUUCAGCGCGAGGAGAAACUGCGCAGUUGCAUUUUGCUCUAGGAGGAUUAUUUUUUUGGGGGGAAGAAAAUAAUGUUUACAAUGAGAAGCAGGCCGCCUCCCAGCUCAACCCUUCGCGCAUUACCAGGUGGUGGUGGAGCAGCAUGGCUGAAGUGUUCUUGGCCGACAUGAGAACCUCCCUCAGACACGGUGCAAAUCAACACAGCAUCCAAUCAUCCAGUCAAUAAAAUGAGAUCUGAAGCUGCCCUCAGAGGAAACAUGAGCAUGGAAAGUGCUGAGGAUGGAGUUACACAGGUCCAGGAAGAAGCCACUCCCAAACAGGAAGAAGACAACAGAUCUCUAGUAGUUCUCUAAACAGCGUGUGAGUGUUGGUGUGUGGCCCUCUCUCUGCUGCUGUGGAGGGCUUCACGUACAUAGUUAGUGUGGCUGGAUGCAUCACACCGUGGAACAAUUUGGUGCGCGCAGCUCACGGGACCCUUUCCCUCUGGAUGGACUCAACCGGGGACCAUGGGCUCCCAUGGGUGGUUGUGCCUGGCCUCCUCCCCCCAGAUGCUCACCUGGUGGUCAACCUCAGUUUCUCCCUCACAUCCCACCCAAUCACAUGACCGGACUAAAUCAUUCAAGUAAAUUUUACAACAGUGGGCCACAGGCACGUGGAGGGGAAAAGCUGGAUCUAUCUCAGACCUUGUUGCCAGGAUUGCACAGGGAUCUCCGGGUGCCUCCAGGCCCUCCCCGACCAUGGGAUCCACUUGGUCAGCAUUAUGAGCCAUUGCCCAGUGAUGAUCAUGCCCGUUUGCACAACGGAUACAAUGCUGGACCAUCUGCACACCUCACAGCCCGAGCUAACCAGCUGUUAAAGUAUGGACCCCCUCAUUUGCAACAUGGUUCAAGGCCCAUGCCUCCAAUCCCAGACUUGUGGGGACAGUCUCAACAACAGCAGCAACAACCACCCAGGGGCCCUUACUCUCAUGCUGGCCAGUUAAAGCGGCCAGCACCUCCUCUGGGAGAGAACUCGGUCAUCCAGCACACCCCUCUUUCCCUAAACAGGCUUAAUGAAGACUGUCCUAACCCAAGCAAGAGGAAGAGGAGUUCUGACUCAGAACAGUGCAUGAUGGGCACCCACCAAUACUCAGGGUCAGUAGGAUCUUCAGUACCCUUGCAGCAGCCUCAGUCCCAUUAUCCCUCUCUGCAAAAGGGGGCAGCAACUUGGGCUCCAGCAGAACGCAAGACGGACUACAAUGAGUUUCAGGACUUGCGCAAGCAAGACAUGGGUGACUGUAAUUACAAACAGUUCCCAUCCUCCAAACCUUCACCCAUCUCUUCUCCUCCCAUCACUUCUGCCAGCGGCUAUGAACAAGGCCGUGGUCCUCCACCCCAACCCAUUAAGCCUUCUCAAUCACCACAGUCACUGGGUUCCUCCUCACAGAAUGUCCAUCUCCACCAAACAACAUUCCCCUUCCUGAAAAACAAGCCUUCUGCUCAGACUCCGGGGAAGCACCAGGUUAUCCCCAACCUAAAAAUGCAUCCUUCUGGGUUGAGGUCUACUGGCAGCCAGGCACCCCUACCACAACCUUCAUCAACCUUGGCUGAUAGAGAAUGCCCGGUCCCCAAACCAGCACAUCACACCACCGUGCCUUACAGCCCCCCAAAAUUCCAGCCCCAUCCAGGGCUGGUUCCUACCACCAGCUCCUCUUCCAACAGUGGGACGCAGGACUCAGCACCUCAAUGCAACCCACAUAAGCCCUGGAGGAACCAGAUCAAACUUGAUAACCAGGCCUCAGAACUGGGUCCUUAUCACAGAUCUGUGGACUCUCAGGUUUCUUCUUCAUCUCUGCAGCAACAGCAGAGUAGAACUGGGCAGGAUCAGGAUGAAGGCACCUCUCAGGCUCGGGCACCAGUUAUCACCUCCUCAGUGCCAUCCCUGAAACCUUCAUGUCCUCCUUGUUCGGUAGGACGCUACAGUAGUGUGGACACUCUGUCCACCAUGAGCUCAGUGCCCUCUUCUAAUGCUUCUACAGUCAGCACUGUUAACAGCUGGAAGACUGCACAUCCCUCAGCACUACUCUCAAACCCCAGUCCGACGCUAUCUGCACAAAGUCUCCCACACCAGGAGUAUCGGAGAGCCCAAUCUGGCACAGCAAGCCAUCCAAACCACCAACAGAAGGCAAAACUUCAGGAACCCCAUUUUCCCCACCAAGGGCAGGACAAAACCCAUUACACCCCAAAAGUGUCCUCAGCUCCUUCCUCUCUCAGCUCAGGGUUUCAGAGAUCAGGAAAUAGUGUCAUCACCAGCAAGGCAAUUGACAUCCUCUCGCAGGCUGCAAGUCCACCCCUUCAUCACUCACAGCCUGCAGUGUCCAUCACUGUGAACACAGCCCCUCAACAACAAUCUGAUGCUUUGCAUAAUGAAUUGCCUCAUCAGGCACCCACAGUCGCAUCUCAGGUGCCACCUGUCCAAACAUAUCAAAGGUCAUGUCCUCAACCUGCCAUCUCUAGCACCCAGUCCAUUGAGGAAGCGCUUGAAAAGCUUGAUGCUGAGCUUCAGGGACAUAUGCGAACGGAAGAGAGAAGGAAGGAACAGGAGGAAGAGGAGAGAAAACACAAUACGGAGAAUAGCAAAGUAAGAAACAAAAAGGUAAAUGAGGAUUCUGCAACUGAGAAUGUGGAGAGCUUGCUGUCAAAUACUGCUACUGAUCCACCCCCUCCAUGCCUGUCUCCAGCCAUUACACUUUCCACAGUUUCACCUCCAUCCCAGACAUCCCCACCUUUUCCCUGGCUGAGCAGGGGAGGUGUGCCUACACGUCAGCUGGCCCCUGGUGCAAAUCCUGUAGAAAGGUCUCGACCACCACCUCUUACCCCUCAAACAGACUAUGCCCGAGAAAAACAGAGGCAGAGAGAGCAAUGGAAUGCUUCAGUCACUUCUACUUCACAAAAUACCUCAGGGAUUCCUACAUCUAUAUAUUCCUCUAAACAUGCCCCAACAGAGUCUUCAAGUAAACCAAUACAGACAACCUCCUGUUCAUCCAAAAUAUCUACCAUGCAGAAGAGCUCUCAUAACAUCAAGGCUGCGGGUCUUGUCUCAAACCCUCUGAACCUGCGAGAACCCCCCAAACUCUACCAGGCCUUUCCCAGGGACACUCUAUCAUCCUCGCCAAAAGAUACAAACCCAGCCAAUCUCCACAAGCAGGCAAGUGGUGGGCUUAGCAGUUUAGGCAGCAGUGCCAGUAGCUCCAGUGUGGAUUCAGAUAGUGCCCAAUUUGAGGAGGAACCAUCUGAGCUCUUGCCUGACGGUUUGGCAAACAUUAUGAAGAUGUUAGACGAGUCCAUUAAGAAGGAGGAGGAACUAUACUCUGGCCAGAGUGGUGGGCAGCCUGACCCAGAGAUACCAUUUCCUCUUACAGUGGCACCUAUAAAGAGUUAUUCAUUCGCCCCUGACCUCAUGCCUGCCCUAAAACAGCCAUCAACAGAGGAAUAUUCUACUGACACCCAUGCUAGCCCACCUGUCCUGAGUCGUCAAGGUUCUUUAGCAUCCCCUUGCAGCCGUACUUCUUCGCUUGAAGAAGAGGAGGAUACACUAAAAAUCAUCCAAAAAUCCGACCCUACUGUCAGUACUCAAUCUCAAGAUAGUGGUGUUGGCAUCACAGGAAGUAGUUAUCGCCAUAGUGACUUGGCCAAGCUUUAUGGAAUAGCGGAGGGAGCGAAGAGUGAGUGUGAGGAGGAGGAGGAGGAGGAAGAGGCAGACCAAGAUGAUGAUAUACCUUCCUGUUCUCCACCACCUAUGAGGCCACACCUGCAUCAGACAGGUGUAAACAGCAUGUUUAAAAACCUAGCCUCAAUGCUGGAGAGCCAGAAGUAUGCAUACCGUGGGGGACCAUUUGGUCGACCACCUCCUUCAGCUCUGGUAGGAGUGAAGUACUCUUCAUCACUUUCAUUGGGCCCAGAUAUCUGCAGACAACAAAGCACUUCUCCCACAUCAGGCUCAAUCAAUCACCCAGGCUUCAAGCAUAAAACCCAACCCUCAGUGAAUUCUACCUCUGACCAAACCCAUCCUCUCUCACCAUCAGGAUCAACACCAGAAAGAAAAGAUGUUGUAGUCUGCCACUCAGAUCUCUCUGGAUGUGAGGAGGAAGAAGGGGUGAGAAAGGGGCUGAUGGAUGAAGAUGAUCAUAGUAAUGUAAAAGACUCCUCAGAGGUAGAGAGGAAGCCCAAACUCACAACAAUCUCAGAAUCAUCACUUGCAGAGCUGGGACGGAGUUGUGAGGUGAUGCUAAACCGGCACAAUCUUCCCUCACUGACAUCAUCAGACCACAAUAAGAAACAGAUAACGCGCACUGAGAAAGACAGGAAAAGAGAACGGGACUAUAACCAGGAGAAGAAACACAAACGCAGCAGCAGUAGUAAAAAACACGAAGAAAGAAAAGAAAAAAAGAAAAAACACAGAGAAAAACAAGAAAAUACAGUCCUGUCUUCAUCAUCAAGCUCAAGCCGGAGGCACAAGGAUGGCAAACCACACAAAGAGAAAAGGGGCCACAUAGACGGUCAGAAAAAGGAGGUCUGGGAGAAAGAAAGAGAAGGAGAGAAAAAGAAAAAGAAAGAGGAAGGGUGUGAAAAAGAGGAAUGGGUAUGCCGGAACAAGGAGAGGAAGUCAGGAAGUUCUUCUUUGGAUCGUACGUCAUCUUCACCUGCACUGGGUUCUGCAGACUUCCAGAAGUUAAAGGCUCUGACAGAUGGCCCACCAAAAGAGCUAAAGAUUCGCCUGAUUAAAGUGGAAAGUGGAGACAGAGAAACCUUCAUUGCCUCUGAAGUUGAGGAGAAGAGAAUACCACUUGGGGAAAUCACCAUCAAAAACACAGCCAGUGAAAUCAUCAGAUCGUGCAAGGGUGCCCGUGUUAAGGGGAAAUUCAAGGAGUCCUAUCUACUUCCAGCGUUCUCUGUGAAACCGAUUCUGACCAUGGAGCACCCAAUCCCACGGGAAAAGCUCAACCCACCUACACCCAGCAUCUAUCUGGAAAGCAAGAGGGAUGCCUUCUCUCCUGUGCUGCUUCAGUUCUGCACAGACUCCAAGAACCCCAUUACUGUCAUUAGAGGACUAGCAGGCUCUCUCAGACUGAAUUUGGGUCUCUUCUCCACAAAGUCACUGGUGGAGGCAAAUGCAGAACACGCAGUAGAGGUGAGAACUCAGGUGCAGCAGCCAGCUGAUGAGAACUGGGAUUCCAGUGGCACUGGGCAAAUUUGGCUUUGCGAGAGCAGCCGAUCACACACCACCAUAGCUAAAUAUGCUCAGUACCAGGCCUCCAGCUUCCAAGAAAGCCUACAGGAAGAGAAAGGCAGUGAUGAUGAGGAUUAUGAGGAUGAAGAUGAGAAGAAACCUGUCAUUAACCUGGACAGCACAGGCAGUAACUCCUCAAGCUCCAGCUCAGAACAGAAACCUGUGGGAAAAAUCAUCAAAUUUGGUACUAACAUUGACCUGUCUGAUCCCAAGAGGUGGAAGUCCCAGCUACAGGAGCUGCAGAAGUUGCCAGCAUUCAUGCGCGUGUCCUCCAGUGGCAAUAUGCUCAGUCAUGUAGGCCACACCAUCUUGGGCAUGAACACUGUACAGCUUUACAUGAAGGUCCCUGGCAGUCGCACACCAGGUCACCAGGAGAAUAAUAAUUUCUGCUCUGUGAACAUUAACAUUGGCCCUGGAGACUGCGAGUGGUUUGCUGUCCAUGACAACUACUGGGGAUCCAUCAGCGAUAUCUGUGAGAAGCAUGGGGUGGAUUAUUUGACAGGCUCAUGGUGGCCAGUGUUGGAGGAUCUCUACAACGCCAAUAUUCCAGUGUACCGCUUUAUCCAGAGGCCUGGAGAUUUGGUGUGGAUCAAUGCAGGCACUGUACACUGGGUCCAAGCUGUGGGUUGGUGCAAUAACAUUGCAUGGAACGUCGGUCCACUAAAUGGAUACCAGUACCAGUUGGCUCUGGAAAGGUUUGAAUGGAAUGAGGUGAAAAAGGUCAAGUCCAUUGUGCCUAUGAUUCAUGUUUCCUGGAAUGUGGCCCGCACGGUUAAAAUCACAGACCCUGACACUUACAAGAUGAUUAAACACUGUCUCCUGCAGUCCCUGAAGCAAAUUCAAAUUCUGAGGGACCAGCUUGUAGCUGCAGGGAAGAAGAUCUCUUACCAGAACAGAGUCAAAGAUGAACCAGCGUACUAUUGCAAUGAGUGUGAUGUGGAGGUUUUUAACCUGUUGUUUGUCACGAGUGAGAACGGGAGUAAGAAGUUGUACGUGGUGCACUGUGAGGACUGCGCCAGGCAACGCAACCCCAAUCUCUCCAACGUAGUGGUGCUGGAACAAUAUCGUAUCGAGGACCUGAUGAACACCUACGACACUUUCAGCUUGGCCUCCAGCUCUCGGUGAAAUCAACUCGGCCAUCCACCCCAGCCAUAACCAAAAGUCUUGCUUACCAGGACAAUUAGUUUUUGUUUUAGUAAAAUCUUUAGCGUUUUACUUUCCUGCAUUUGUAAUUUUUUAAAGUACUACUACUGCUAAUACUUGUUGAACAGCCAAUCAUGAACCAGUUUACAUCAAGUUGUUUACAAAACCAAUAAGCCAAUAAGACAGCAGCCCAACGUACUGAUCCUAAAGGACUUGACAGCAGACCAUAGCUUGUGCUGUCGUGUAAUUAAUGACAAAAAAAAAAAAAAAAAAAUGGCAUCUCGGAUUUUAUGUACUUUGUUUGCAUUUUUAUUACUUUUGGGUUCUCGUUCUGUCUUGAAUACUGAAAUGUGUAAAUGCUGUUUAUAUUUUUCCUGGGUGCUUUUUUUUCUAUUAAUUUAUUUUAAAAUCUAGAACAGUCGAGAUCUAUACCACAUUGGCCUUGUGACUUGUAUUUAGUGAAGAUAUAAAUGAAUAAUACUAAUAAUAGAUAUAUAAACAUUUUUUCUAAAGCAUUAAGAAUACAAAAAAAAAUAACUUUUGUUUGGAACGGUUCAAAAGAUACGGGUUUUAAAAAAACUUUUUCAAUUUUCAAUACUGUCUCAGAUGCGUGUGUAGUUAAUAUCAUGGUUUUAUUUCCUUAAAAUAAAAUCCAUUUUUACAAGAGCAUUUUAAGAUUACAUCAGGUCUUUUUCCAUUAUAUAUAUAUUUUUUGUGAGAUUACGAUUUGUCAUUGAUUUCAGUGAAUUGUUUUACCUCUUUUUUUUUUAAUUGUACAUUUUUAUUUAACUUCUUUCUCCUAUUUAUUGAUUAUAUUAUGUUUUUGUUGUUUAGGGUCAUCAGUGCUGUUUUUGUGUUCCAUUAUUAUUAUUUUUUAGUAAGUUUUGAAAGGAGAGUUUCAGGGGUGCUUAGUCAAUAAAGUUGUGUUUUCUGACCUUUAAACUGUCCUGAUGGGCUUAUGAUGGGUGACCCCAUGAGGAGAGUGUGAGGGAUUGACUCCUCUCUCCUGUAGAGUGUAGAAGGCAGAACAGUUGUAAUGUGUCUAAAUAAAAACUGUCUUUUGUAUAGGGAUGCAAAAGGCCACCUUUUUUUUUUUUUAAACCAUCAUUAGCGGCAAAAAUUGGACAUAUGUGCGCAUAAAUUCAGAGCGGUUUCUAAGUAUCUAAAUAUUUUGUGGUGCUCGAGUUUCUUUGAAAUGUAUUAUAUGAGAGAACACAGUCACUAUGCCAACCAUGAGGCAGAAUCUCUGGUUAUAUUAAAUCUGACUGGAGUUGGUUAUCAAAAACCAAAUAUUGAGGGUCUUUAAGCAUUUUUGUUUAAAAAAAGACAAAAAAAAAAAAAAACACAAA